UUACCCGAUCGCAGGCAGAACUACGAGCGUAAGUCGUUGUCCUUGCAGGCGGCGCAGCGGCAUCGGCUGGAAAGGCAGGCGGCGCCUGUUUAGUCGACGCGAGGAAAAGACUGAGGAAGGCCAAUGAGGCUGCCUGUGAAAGGGAAAUAGACGGCGCGAGUCCUCCAUAUAUUGAUCCGACUGGAAUCCGAUCAGGAGGGGAUAGGGCUCCGCGAGGGCAUCCCCCCUCUCCGCUAAUUCCUUGCACUGUGAGAGCGGCGACACUCCUCUGGACAACAUGGGCAACCGGGGGAUGGAGGAGCUCAUUCCUCUGGUGAACAAGCUGCAGGAUGCCUUCUCGGCCAUCGGGCAGAAUGCGAACCUGGACCUGCCGCAGAUCGCCGUGGUGGGAGGACAGAGCGCGGGCAAGAGCUCCGUGCUCGAGAACUUCGUGGGCAAGGACUUCCUGCCCCGAGGCUCUGGAAUUGUGACCCGCCGCCCGCUGGUGCUGCAGCUCAUCAACUGUCCCACAGAGUAUGCCGAGUUCCUUCAGUGCAAGGGGAAAAAGUUCACAGACUUCGACGAGGUGCGGCAGGAGAUCGAGGCCGAGACGGACCGUCUCACUGGGCAGAACAAGGGCAUUUCGCCCGUACCCAUCAACCUGCGCGUCUACUCCCCCAACGUCCUGAACCUGACUCUGGUGGACCUGCCGGGAAUGACCAAAGUGCCCGUGGGUGACCAGCCGCCCGACAUCGAGCACCAGAUCAGGGACAUGCUUAUGCAGUUUGUGACCAAGGAGAACUGUCUGCUGCUGGCCGUGUCCCCGGCCAACUCUGACCUGGCCAACUCUGACGCCCUCAAAAUAGCCAAGGAAGUCGAUCCGCAAGGCCUGAGGACCAUAGGUGUGAUCACCAAGCUGGACCUGAUGGAUGAGGGCACCGAUGCCCGAGAAAUCCUGGAGAACAAGCUGCUGCCGCUGCGGCGAGGUUACGUCGGGGUAGUGAACCGCAGCCAGAAGGACAUUGACGGUAAAAAGGACAUCGGAGCAGCCAUGGCAGCGGAGAGGAAGUUCUUUCUCACGCAUCCAAGCUACAGACACCUGGCAGACCGCAUGGGCACACCGUACCUGCAGAAGGUCCUCAACCAGCAAUUGACCAAUCACAUCAGGGACACCCUGCCGGGCCUCCGCAACAAGCUCCAGAGCCAGCUGCUGUCCAUCGAGAAGGAGGUGGAGGAGUACAAGAACUUCCGGCCUGAUGACCCAUCCCGCAAGACCAAGGCUUUGCUGCAGAUGGUGCAGCAGUUUGCAGUGGACUUUGAGAAGCGGAUCGAAGGCUCGGGAGACCAGAUUGACACCUACGAGCUGUCGGGGGGAGCAAGGAUCAAUCGCAUCUUUCAUGAGCGCUUCCCCUUUGAGCUGGUCAAGAUGGAGUUUGACGAGAAGGAGCUGCGCAAGGAGAUCAGCUACGCCAUUAAGAACAUCCACGGCAUCAGGACUGGCCUCUUCACUCCAGACAUGGCCUUCGAGACAAUCGUGAAAAGGCAGAUCGCGAAGAUUAAGGAGCCGUGCCAGAAGUGUGUGGAUAUGGUCAUUUCGGAGCUUGUCAACACCGUCAGGCAGUGUACCAAGAAGUUGGCCCAGUACCCCAUGCUGAGGGAGGAGAUGGAGAGGAUCGUCACGCAGCACAUCCGCGACCGGGAGAGCCGCACCAAGGAACAGGUGAUGCUGCUGAUCGAUAUCGAGCUGGCCUACAUGAACACCAAUCACGAAGAUUUCAUUGGGUUUGCCAAUGCUCAACAGCGGAGCAGCCAAAUGAGCAAGAAGAAGGCCUCUGGCAAUCAGGAUGAGAUUAUGGUGAUCAGGAAGGGCUGGCUGACCAUCAACAACAUUGGCAUCAUGAAAGGGGGUGCCAAGGAGUACUGGUUUGUGCUGACAGCUGAGACCCUGUCCUGGUACAAGGAUGAUGAGGAGAAAGAGAAGAAGUACAUGCUGCCUGUGGAUAACCUGAAACUGAGGGAUGUGGAGAAGGGCUUCAUGUCCAGCAAGCACAUCUUUGCUUUGUUCAACACGGAGCAGAGGAACGUGUACAAGGAUUAUAGGCAGCUGGAGCUGGCGUGUGAGACCCAGGAGGAGGUGGACAGCUGGAAGGCCUCGUUCCUGCGGGCCGGGGUCUACCCCGAGCGCAUCACGGAGAAGGAAAAGCAGAGUGAUGCCGGGGAGGAAAAUGGCUCGGACGGCUUCAUGCAUUCCAUGGACCCCCAGCUGGAGCGGCAGGUGGAGACCAUCCGCAACCUGGUGGACUCCUACAUGGCCAUCGUCAACAAGACGGUGCGCGACCUCAUGCCCAAGACCAUCAUGCACCUGAUGAUCAACAAUACCAAGGAGUUCAUCCACUCAGAGCUGCUGGCAUGUCUCUAUUCAUGCGGAGACCAGAACACCCUGAUGGAGGAGUCGGCAGAGCAGGCGCAGCACCGCGAUGAGAUGCUGCGCAUGUACCAUGCCCUGCGCGAGGCGCUCAACAUCAUUGGCGAUAUCAGCACCUCCACCGUUUCCACUGCCUUGCCCCCGCCUGUGGACGACUCCUGGCUGCAGGUCCAGGGGGGGCCGUCCGGCCGCAGGUCCCCGAUGUCCAGCCCCACCCCUCAACGAAGAGCCCCUCCGGGGCCACCGGCUCGGCCGGGAUCCCGGAGCGCCGCGCCCGGGCCCCCUUCCGCCGGGGCGCCCCCCGUGCCCUCGCGCCCUGCGGCUUCCCCCGACCCGUUUGGAGGACCGCCUCCGCAGGUCCCUUCCCGACCCAACCGGGCUCCGCCUGGCGUGCCCAGCAGGAGGGCUCCAGCCUCGCCAACACGACCCAGCAGAUCCACAGAGUCCUUUCCUUUAGACCACUAACCCUGGGCUUGGCAGACAGCGGACACAGCCCCCCCUUCCCCAUCCAGAUCUCCUCCCUGUCUCCUCCUCGUCCUCCAGCUACCGCACCGCCCUUCUCACUUUCCGCAUAAACACGCACCUCCCUCUCCGCGUUCGGCGGUUACAAAGGGAAAUAAAGCUGUACGAAAUAUAGACGCGAUUACGUUAGAACGAGAACUUCUUCAUUGCAUUGUCUGGUGUUGUAUACGCACAUUUCUUCUAUAUUUAUUCACGGUGUUGGAGUUUUACGAUAAGGUUGACAAAUCAUCUUGCAUUAUGGCCAAAUAUAUUAAAAAGUACUGUAACCAUUUUGACGCCGCAUCUAGCUUAUAUUCUGUACGCAUUAUUGUAGGUGUACAGUACUCAUCUAUACGAUAAACGUCCUAUAUUAAGCUGCAAGGAUGUCUUUUUGCCCGUGUACUUCUUGUGGCACCGCUAUUUAUUUAUUGUGCGAUUUUCAUUCAUUUUUUAAUCUCUGGACGAGUCAAAACAAGUCCACGUUCAGACGAAAACACAAGGCGCUGGAAUCAGUAGCUCUGCCGCCAUGCUGGUUCCCUUUGUGCCCCACCUGUGCCCCCCCAUGUUGUGCUUGCGCCGCCUCAGUACCGUGUCUGCCAUUUUUCAAUCACUGCAACUCGAUGGGUUCUCCCGUGGGGAAGGGUCUCGCUUUCAUUAAGCAAGUCUGCUUGUCUGUGGUCUCCGUCUGCUACCAUCUUCGCCCUCACAUUCAAUCACUGACACACACAAACACACACACACACACACACACACACACACGCGUGGUCCCUUAUAAAGUCAGUAGCCAAAGCAACACUCCAUCUUUCUCAGGUGACCGAUGACCCCCAAACUUGUAACUUCCUCCUGGAGAAAGGAAGGAUGAGUGAAGGAAAAAUGUGCUUUAUUCCUUCCUGUGUUGUAUGGGUUUUGUGUCUUUGACUUUAUUAUAGGGUUAUUUUUUCUUUUUGUUACUCCUUGCCUUCUCUGGCCAAGCUCUUGGUUUUUGGAGCAACAUACUUCCUUCGGUGGAAGGAAGGAAUUAAGGAAUGCAUGGUCUUCUGCUAUUGUCUUUCCACUGCCCAGACGAACACGAUUCUGGAAGUCAUAAGCCAGUGUACGAGAUCAGGCAACAUUGUUUCUUACUGUAUUUUCAGUGGGAGUAAAAUGGGAAGGAAGCUGCCAGCAAGUACAAUGGUGUACUGAUGCAUAAACCUUCAUGUUACUGUGUCUCUGCUCUACCUCCCUGAUGGACAAGCAAAACCCUCAUGCAGUGCGGAACUCUAGAGAGCUGCACGUGUCAUCUCCGACUGGCUUAUAUCAAAGCAAUAAACUGGAAAGGCAAUAUUUUGUGUACUGUUUCUGCACAACUUGUCAUACAUGCUUAACGUGAAAGCUUGCCGGUUUGAACGGCACGUUCUCCGGCUGUCCCAGGCUUUCUUGGUUGUGUUUGAAUUGGAAUCUUAAUUUCUUCUCGAUUUUUGUCUUCUCCUCCUUUUUUUAUUCUCAGCCGGCCAAGCAAGGGCAGCCCUUCCCACCCCGAGAGCCAUCCACCGUUUGACUCUUAAUCACCGUCCUCUCGACCUUUUCCUCAGCUCCCUUUUUUCACCUUCUACUGACCGCUCCUUUUCCUUCUGUAUUUGCCGUUGUUCGCUUCUGACGCCAUUUCUCCGCUCUUUGUCUUCCUCUGCCCCCUACUGUCCCCUCUUGACCUGCCCCUACCCUCUAGUGACUCCUCCUUUCCCCUCUUUACCCACGCUGCCUAUUGCUAACCUCUCCUGUCUUUGGCCACGUCUCUUCUCUCUAGUCACCCUUA